AUGGCAUAUAACGGAUUCCAAGUGAACCUUUUCUGCGGCUCACUUGUUUUUCUCUUCGUGUUUCGGCUGUCUUAUGGCGAUGUGAGCUAUUCUUUUCCGGAGGAGAUGAAACGCGGAUCAGUGAUUGGAAAUAUAGCCAAAGAUCUUGGGCUUCAAGUAAGCAGACUUCCACCUCGGAAGGCUCGAAUUGUCCUCGAAGGAAACCGUAAACGUUAUUGUGAUAUAAAGGUUGAUACCGGAGAACUGGUUGUUGCUGAUCGGAUUGACCGAGAGGAGCUUUGUGGAGCAAAGCUUUCGUGUAUUUUGAAAUGUGAAUUGGUACUUGAGGAUCCACUCGAAUCACACCGGAUAUCUUUGCAAAUUCAAGAUGUAAAUGACAACCCUCCUGUUUUUGUUAAGGAUGCCGUUAAACUGGAAAUAAGUGAAUCGGCUCCCAAAGGCUCUCGCUACAGAAUAAAUGCGGCACGCGAUGCAGACAUAGCACAAAACGCUGUGCAAAAUUAUAUUUUACAAAAAAAUAAUUACUUUGCUUUAAAUGUACUAACCAAUUCUGUUGGUACAAAAUACAGUGAGAUCAUUUUAGAUAGAGAAUUAGAUCGUGAAGAACAGCAAGAAAUGAAAUUAUUGCUCACAGCUGUGGAUGGUGGCUCUCCUCAG